AUAUGUAUUUGUAUAUAAAAAUUUGUGCAGCGCCGGACGCGUGUCAAAAUUUAGCCGGGCUGAGGUGCGUCGCAGUCGCCACUGACGCUGACGCGGACGUCGCCGCUGACGUCGCAGCUGACGUUGACGCUGCUUGAAAUGCCGGCUCGCCGUCGGUUGUGCUUGUGCUUGAUCGGGCGAUGGCGCCGUUUGGUUGAGUUUUUUAGUUUUAGUUCAGUUUCUGCCAGCGACGAGUGACACAGAGAAAUGCGAGAAUAAUCCCUACGACGACGACAACAGACGACAGAAAACGACAAGAAACGAGCAAUUGAAUAAGAGAGAACAAGAAACAACAAAAAACAAAAGCAAUUUUCACACGAAUAAGCAGCAAUUUUUAGAUUUAGCUGAUUGAAGGCGGCAAACGCGGCGUAUGCGUAAUAUGCGCACACACUGCAACACACAGGCAGGCACAACAAAUUAAACACACACACACACAUACUGAUACCCAUAUACACACAAGCAGCUCACAUACAUAUAUAGUGCCUAUAUAUAUAUCAAGAAGAAAGACUUUUGAGUGUGGCUUAGACGCGACGUAGACGAUGCCAAAUAAUCGUAAUCGUAAUCGCAAUCGUAAUCGCAAUAAACGAAAUAAAAAUCAAAAUCAAAAUCAAAAUAAACAGCAAGCGGCAGCAGAGAACAACGAAAAAGAGGAGCAGCAGGAGAAGGCAGCAGCAGUAGUAGUAGCAGCAGCGGCAGCGGCAGCAACAACUUCAUCAACAUCAUCAUUAGCAGCAGCUGACGAUCUUCAGAAUGAUCAUAAUGCAAAUUCUGGCAGCAUUUCAAAUGGGUCACCAACGGCGAGCGACAGCGCCACAGCUGACGAUGAGGCAACAACUGGCGUAGCCAGCAAUGAGAUCAGCCAGCGACAGCUAAAAGAGGAUCAGUCAGAAGAUCGGAGUGAAGUAAAAGAUCAGCUGGAAUAUCCGUAUGAAGAUCAGACAGCAGAAAAGCCUGAAAGCACGUCUGUAGAGCAGCUGAUUGUAGUAAAAGAGCAGCUGACAGACGAAGAUUCACCUAAAGAGCAGACAGUAGAAAAGCCUGGAGACCAGGCCAAAGAAGAUUUGAUUAAGCUGAAAGAGGAAAAACUUGACGAUCAGUCUGCAGAUCUAGCGAAAGAACAGUCCAAAGAGCAGCUAACUGCAGUGGAAGAUCAGCUGAGAGAGGAUCAGUGUAUAGAUCAGUCUAAGGAACAGUUGGAAGAGGCCAAAGAGCUGCUGACUAACGCAAAAGAUCAGCUGAAAGAGGAAAGGCUUGUCGAUCAGUCUGCAGAUCAAUUGCAGAAACCACCAAAAGAACACCUGAUUCAAGUGAAACGUGAGGAUCAGUUGGAAGAUCAGUUGGCUGGAGUGAAAGAUCAGCUUGAAGAAUCACUAAAAGAUCAGAUAGAAGUUAAGGCUGAAGAGCAGUUUGAAGAUCCAAGAAAAGAGAAAUCUGUAGAGAAAGUAGUAAAAGUUCAGAUAAAAGAGGAGUUCCAAACUUCGACUGUAGAUCAAUCCAGCACGCAGCUGAUCGAAUCACUCAAAAAUCAGUGGGAUAUAGAAAAGGCAAAACAGUUCGUCAAACAGUCAGGAACACAAGUCAUAGAUCAGCAAAAGGAACAACUGAUCAAGCAAAUUCCAAGUGAAGAUCUGAAAAAAGAGGAAAUUGUCGAUCAGCCAGUAGAUCAGUCAAAUCAGCCAGAUAAUCAAUCUAAGCAACAUUUGUUUGUUAAGACAGAGGAUCAGCUAAAGCAACAGCCAGUGGUGCGCAUAGUGCCUGUGCGAAUUGAGCAGGAAGCGAGCUAUACGACAGCAACAGAACAGCAAUCAGUUGUUGAAAGCGCAGCAAUGGGCGCCAAGAAUUCCAAGCAGCAACAACAGCAACAGCAGCAGCAACAACAGCAGACAGAGCAGCAACAGCAGCAACAGCAGCAGCAGGCUAUCAAAGCUCCAGGUAGUCCACGACAGGCCAAGGUCAUAGUGCAUCGCAUAGUGCGCGAAGGCGAUGAUGAAGUAGAUGCACAGCAGCAACAGUUGCCGCAGCAACAAAAACAACAGCAGCAACAUCAACCAAGUCAAGCAGAGCAAGAGCUGCCAGCAGCUGUGCAAGAGAUCUUGGCCAAUUGUCAGCUGCAACAGCCGCUGGCAAAGCAACAACAGCCGUCAAAUGCACAACAGCAACAGUCGCCAGCACCGCAGCAACAUGCAGCAAACCAGCCGCUGCAACGCAGCACCAAGGUGAUCAUACAUCAGAUACGCAUCGAGACGGAUGAGCAGGAACGCGCUCGCAGAGGUAAGCCAACCAUUGAGGAGAUCAGCAGCACCACAGCAACACCCGCACACAGCAACAGCAACUGCACCAGCAACAGCAACAACAGUGGCACAUUGUCGCCGCCGCCGCGUUACCUCGUCGAAUCGCCCUCGCCAAAGGCCGUGCAACAGUUCAGUAAAUUCUCGCGCGACUUGCAGAUUCAGGAGCUGGAGCAGAGCAGCGACUGCAGCUCCGGUGAGUUAAAUGGGCCGCUGCAAUCGCCGCUGGUCUUUGAGGCCGACUCCGAGACGGAGGCCACAGUGGCGCCCAUCACCACGCCCAGCGUGACCAGUACAGCUCCCUCAGCUCAGUUCUCUCCCGGCCUGCCGUCCAGCAGUCGCGCCGACGCACAGGAGCAGCUGCGGCAGAAGCGCGCGAAGCGAAACGCACUCGAAAUGCACUUUAUGCCGCAGCUGCUCAGUCCGCGCUAUUUGGACAGCAUUCUGGAGGAGAACAGCGAAACGACUUCAACACCAGGUGAUCUGAGUCGCAGUGGCUCCGCCACCGCCUCCAACACCGCCACGGAUCAGUCAAAGUCGCGUCCAGCUGGGCCCGUCAAGGUCAACGAAACAUUUCCGCGUAGCCAUCUCGACUUCAGUCGUCGGCACAAGCGCCGCGAGGAGCCGGUCGCUCUCAUGCUGGAAACGAAGCUGAUCGAGCAGAGCGACAACCUGGAGAGCUGCACCCGGCUGCAGAGCACGCUGUCGCCACAGUCCGAGGAUGCCGAAUUGGUUUAUCUCAGCUCGUCGAGCUCGAGCAGUGUGUCGGAUCUAAUGGAACUCGAACUGGAGGAGGCAGCUGCUCUCGCUGAGCGUACUCUCAUCGAUCUGGACACCGAUGCCAGCAAGCUCAUCAAUCGGCCAGACAAUGAGCUGAGCAGCAACACCAGCAUGGAGCCCAUCAGCUCAUCCAACGAAACUGAAACCGAGGGCGAGUGUGAGGUCGAAACGGAAGUGGACACGGAAACGGAGGCAACAACUGCGGCCGAGCAGUCGUCGAGUCGCGAGAGCACACCUGUUAACGCUCAAUCCCCAUUGCCAGAGCAGGCAACGCCAACGGUGACGGCGACAGCGACGUCGACAGCGACGCCAGCAGCGACGUCGCCCACGCACGCUGUGGCCAACGAAGGCGAGGCGAGCAAAUUGGCCAACAGUUCGACUGCAACCGCUUCGCUGGCGGCCACGCGCGAGGCAUUCGUACGCAAUAUGGACAAAGUGCGCGAAUUGAUCGAAAUGACGCGACGCGAGCAGAGCGGAAGCGGAAACGGAAAUGCGAACGGCAACGACAACGGGAACGGGAACGAGAACGUUAACGGUAACGGGAGCGUAAGUGCAGACGUUAACGGAAACGGAAACGAAAUCGCGUCGCGUUUUGUUGCUGCUGCUACCGAACAGCAACAGCAACAGCAACAGCAACUGCAGCUGCAGCAGCAACAGCAGCCAAGUGAAUUGCGUUGUAGGUUAUCACCCACGCCGCCGCCUGUGCCACCACCACCCAGCUGCAUGCACUAUACCCCAACCACACAACAGCAACAACAACAGCAGCAGCUAGAGCAACAGCAAUCACAAUUUGAUUUGCAUGCCAAAGUGAAUCCCUUGUUGCUCUCGCGGCAAGAGUCGAACGAUUCGCACUGCUCGGACAGCACACAGCACAGCCAAUGCACCGCCAUUAACAUGGCCUCACCACCACCCACACCACACACACUAGCCCCACAGCCACCGCCCACAGCACCCACAGCAUCCACUCCACCCACUCCACCCCAGCGCCAACAUUCAGCCAUUUCCACAAUUUCAGCUGAGCAAGCGGAAGCGGAUCGCAUCAAGAAAUUGCGUCUGCUAUGCACCGAGACCUUGGCCUCCAUGCCCUAUGGCGAGCAGAUGCUUGAAGAGCUCGCAAGCGUGGCACAAAAUAUACAGCAACAGCAGCAACAGCAACCACAGCAGCAGCAACAGCAACAGCAGCAACAACAGCAAUCGAACAUGCCUUAUCCUCUGCCUCAGCUGCCUCACAUAAGCGAGCUGCAGCUGUCGCUGAAUCAGGUCCAGGCUGAGCAGAAGGAUGCCUGGCUGGGUGUGCCCACGCAGGCGGAUCCUCAGCUGCUUGUGUGCCUGUCGCCCGCACAGCGCGCCCUGGCACAGCAGCAACAGUUGCAGCCGGCGGCCGAUCAGCUGCUGGAUGCGCACGAGAAAUUCGUGCAGCGUCGCGGCUAUCACGAGCUGAGCAGCGAACAGGUGCGCGCCAUGGACGAGGCCCAACUGAAUGCGGAGCAGCAGCAGAUACUCAAAACGGCGGCCAAAAUGCGCGAGUUGCGCAAGAGUCUAACGCCCACGCCAACAUCGCCAACGCCGCAGCAGCAGCAACAGCAGCAGCAGCCGCCGCCGGUGCCUGUGAAGAGCGCUGAGACAGCGGCCAAGGCAAAGAGCCAACAGCAGCAGCAGCAGCAGCAGCAACAGCCAGAUGACGCAAGCCUGCCAAUGAGAGACACGGCAGCAACAGCAGCAACAACAGCAACAACGACAGCAACAGCAGCAGCGCCAGCGACAUCAUCAUAUGAAAAUAAACCAAGAGCAGCAGCAGCUGAUCAGUCGCUGCCUUACGCAUUCGAGCAGUCGACUAAACACAGCAGCAACAUCAGCAGCAGCAGCAGCCAUAGCCACAGUCACAGUCACAGUCAGAGUCACAGCAGCAACAGCAACAGCAACUACAUGAACGGCAGCAAAUUUCCAGCCAGCAUGGAGAGUGAAUUGGCGCGCAUGUUUCCGAGCAUCGCGCAGCAGGGCGACAUUUUCGCGGAGCAACGCAAGCGAUUCUCCAACAUUGAGUCGAGCAGCCGGCAACAGUUGCUGCCAGCGCAGAGCAAACGCUACUCGAACAUUGAGACGAGCUCGUACGAGUCCCAGAAGCGUGUGGAGAACGGACAAGUGGUCUACGACAGCAGCAGGAGCAAGCGCGAGCAGCGGGAAGAGGGCGAGCCGCUGAGUGGCAAUGAUAAGCAGGCAGCAACAGUUGCAGCAGCAGCAACAACAGUGGAUGAGGUGGAUUGUGCACCGCCUCCUGUGCCGCCACCGCCGGCAGCAGCUAAUAUUAUGUCAGCAACGAAAUUAAAUGGCUUGUCAAACACUUUCAACGAUGACGCACAGCAGCAGCAGCAACAACAGCAACAUAAAGAGAGCAGCCAGACAACAACAGCAACAUCUACAGCUGGCAGCCAUGCCAAGGUGAACACUGGCAGCGGCACUUAUGAGGAAUUUCGGCAACGUGCCAAAGCAGCGCUCGACGCAAUUGCGCAGCCUUCGCCGGACAAUGAAAAGCUCUUCAAGGACUUUGACGCCCUCUCCCAGCAGCUGAAUGCGGAGCUGCAAACGGGACGCGAGCAGCGGCAGCAGCGCGACAAAUCUGCCUCGCUCUACGAUCUCAGUCGGUUAACCAACAGCAGCAGCAGCAAUGGCAACGGCAGCAACAGUUGCCAGCAGGAGCAGCUGAAGCGUCAGCGACAUGCGCACAUGCAGGAGCUGGAGCGCGAGAUUGAGCGCUCGGCCAGGUCGCGGCAGGAGCGUCUGUCCUCGGUGCCGCGCACUGUGGAUAUACCCGUUGAGCUGGCGCCGGACUACCGAAGCCGUCGCUCCGAGUCGCUGUGCAAUCUCAGCGAGAACGGCGGGCAGCGGCCGCACACGUCCGCGGAGCACUAUCCGCGCCAGCAGCAGGACGACUGGGCGCGCUAUGCCAACGACCUGGGCUACUCGGAGAAUAUUGCGCGUCCGUUCGCGCGCGAGGUGGAGAUCUGCUAUCAGCGGCAGCGACAGCCGCACAGCGCGAUACGCGCUCCACGGCUCUCGGCCAGCACGAACGAUCUGUCCAGCAGCAGCAGCUACGAUGGCUUCAAUGCGUACGGAGGCGGCAGGAGGCAUGCACCCAUGCUGCAGCAGGCGCCGCAGCAGCAGCGACCGCACUACGCCAGCUGCUACUCGAUGAUUGAGCGCAAUCCCAAUCCCACGUACAUCAGCACCACCUCCAGGCGUGGCGUCUCGCCCGCGCCACAGACGCCGCACUCGGGCCAGCCUCCUGCCUACGACCGGCAGCAGCGACGCGCCUCGCUACCGCGCGAGCUGCACGAACAGCAGCUCAAGUAUAUACUGAGCAAGGAGGAGGAGCUGAAGCUGGAGUUUGAGCGGCUGCAGCAGGAGCGUCGCCGGCUCAUGGAGGAGAUGGAGCGGGCGCCGACUGUGCUGCAGGCGCCGCCGCCGCGACGCGAGAGCUACCGGCCGGCGCCGAAGCUGCCGACGCUGAGCGAGGACGAGGUGUUCCGCCAGCAGAUGGCUGAGGAGUGGAUGCACAAGGUGGCGGAGCGCGAGGAGCGGCGCCAGCACAAGAUCAUCAAGAUCUCGAAGAUCGAGGAUGAGCAGCAGCACGCCACCGAGGAGCAGGCGAACAUUAGCGACGAGUUCCUCAAUCGGGUCAAGGAACGGCGCCACAAGCUGGCCAUGCCCGCGGACAGUGACUGGGAGAGCGGCGCCGAGUCGCAGCCGGUGCAGGGCAAGGCGGAGUCCGACGUGGAUGGGGAGCCGGUGCCGCCAGUGCGUGUGCUCGAGGGCCAGGCGGAGGCGAAUCUGCGCGAGCUGCCGCGCCACUUGCGCGAAUUCGCCAAGUUCAGCAGCUGCGAGCAGCUGGAGGGAGGCCAAGUGGAGCGGCACGAGCAGCAGGAGAGGAACGAGAGCGCCACGGACAAUGCACAGUGCAGCGCCACCAAGAAGUCGACCAUUGUGAAGACGUACAAGGUGUCCCGGCUGCCGCCGUCUGUCCAGGGCGUCUGGACACCCAAGAGCCAAACACCGUACGGCUCCAGCAACGAGCUAGAUCACAGCUCCUCGGCGGCGCCCACUCCACCGCCGCCGCCCACACAGCCCGUGUGGACGCCGCAGCCGUCGCCAGCGUUGAGCGGGCGCAAGGAGUUCCGCCCUGUGCGCUUUGAAUCGCCCACACUACCGCGACGCUACACGGCCCUGCAGCAACAACAACAGCCAGCGGCAGCGACGACGACGACACCACCGUGGUCUUAUACAAACGGCAGUUGCCCGGUGCCUGCACCACGCAGCAGCACCACCACCACCAGCACCAAUCUGAGCACGCCGCCCUCAACGCUCAACUCCAACAACUCGGACUACGCGGAGACCGAUUAUUCCAAUCAAUUUGGCCCAGUGGCACCCAGUGCCAGCGUCUCCGACAAGAUCAAAACAUUUGAACGCUCGGCUUCCACAUCGGAGCUGUAUAGGCCGUUCGCACGCCGUCAACCAAACGACACUAGCCGCGCCGUCUAUAGGCCCAAUGAAGUCAUCUACAAAGUCAAGCACGAGUAUAUGAGCGAACCGGAAACGGAAAGCGAUCGUCCGAGAAAAAUGGCACAGUUAGGUCGACGGCAAUACGAAGGGAUCGGUCCCGUUACCAACGAUGGAAUGCCCAUCAUACUCAGAUCGGAGGUCCAGGAACCGCAUCAGCAUGAAUGGUAUAAGCGCCUCUAUCAGACCAUACAUAAGCAGAAGAAUGGCGACGAAUUUGUGAUACGCUACAAGUGUCCCAGAGCUCGUCCAUCCUAUAAGAGCAAUGGUUAUGUCUCUGAGCCCGAGCCCAACUACGAUUCCGAUUACUCAACAGUAAAAUAUCGUACACCCAAUCCGCUGCGCGUGCAAUCGGUCUCGUCGGCUGUAAAUGUGCGCAAUUUAAACCAGGACGAUAAAUUGUAUGGUACUAUGCCCAAUCCCAUAAAAUCGGCACAAAACUCAUACAAGAAUCAACCUGGUCGCAUCGAGGACUAUACCACGGGUCAUUCGUCCGUUUCGGAGAAGGAGAAGAAGGAGUGGUGGGACGAAGUGAUGGACAUCUUUAACGGGAAUUUGGAACAAUCGAAACUAUCGCCGCUUUACACAGAAGGCAAUUUGUCAAGAGCUCUGGCCAAAGAAUCUGGUUAUACCAGCGAUUCCAAUCUAGUCUUUCGCAAAAAGGAGCUGCCCUUUAGCAGUCCGCUGAGUCCUGUGGAGCAGCGUCAGGCCUACAAGAGCUUACAAGCCGGUGGUGAGCCGCCUUUGCUUGGCUUCCGCAAGCCAGCGCCCGAGAAACCCAAAGAAAUUGUAGAAGAGUUUGAAUUUAUACAGAUAACGCCGACGCUAACCAAAAUACGCGUCAGCACCAAACCCUUAGAGGAGACUAAGGAAGAAUCGGAUAAAGCCAAGGUAGCAACGCCAGCAGCAGCACCGCCACCACCACCACCUCCUCCACCGCCACCGCCGCCGCCUCCUCCGGCUACAGCUACCAAAAUGUUUACGCAUUUCUCGAAGAAUCUGCCCUCGUUUAUACCGUUAAGCAAGAAGCAGCAGCAGCAGGAGACUCCGCCGCUACCGCCCAAUCGUCGCUCCUCCUGCACGAAGAGCACGGUGCGCGUGGAGAAGAUAACGAGCAGCUGCUCGAAAUCGCGUCACGAUCAAUGCUUUCAGCCACCAGGCGGGAAUAGCAACAGCAACAGCAAUACUAUUACCCUGCGCAAGGUCUCUACCGCGCGUCGGGAGCCCAUCUGUCGCUCCAAGUCCACGGGCGCCGUGUCCACAUUGCUGGCCACGCUGACCGCCACCAAGGAGACACGCAGCAAGGAUGGCUGUCUGAUGAGAGUGCAGCAGCAGCAGCAGCAUCACGCUCGCCUGCGCUCCGUCAGUCCGAGCCGUCGUCCGGCGCGCCUCCUGGCGCUGCGCCAUUCGAGUCGCAGUCCCGUCGCCUUCGGCCGCAGCAUUUCCAAGGAGCGCAGCUUUGCCGAGGAGAAGAAGCGACUGGAGAAUACGCUGCCUGCGAGCCGCACCAACUUUGAGGCUAGCACGAAUAUACUGAGGGAUCCCUCGCUGAAGUCGCCGCAGGAGGUGCGCGAGGCGGUGCGCUCGUACGCCACGUGCAAGGCGCAGCAUACGCGCAGCAAAUCGUUGCCGCGCUUGCGCCACAGCACCGUUAGCACCACUACUCGCCACACCAUGUGCUUCCCCCAGGUUCGACCGCAGAAUCUGCUCGACUGCAGUCGUGCCCUGAAGAAGGUGAUGCCCAAAAGCAGCAAGGUGCAGACCCAGACCAUUGCCACGGUGCAUCGCAGCGCCUCGAACGAGAGCUUGCCCAGGACCAACUCCACCUACUCCAUUGACUCGGUGGUGCGACAGGAGUAUGUGCCCAUAGCACCGCCCAAAACCUAUGUGGGUAAGUCGAAGCCAGUCAAAUCGCUGCCAGCGCCGCUGCAGACCAGCCGCAGCGAGGGCCACGUGCCACGCAAACGUGCCGGCACCGCCAAAGCCACCAAGACCACUGCCAAGUCCAAGCCAGCUGUGGCCCAGCAAUCCUACAGCGAGACGGUGCGCGAGAAAACUCACUUCUGGAACGAUUACAAUGCCAAGCAGAGCCAGACCCAAACGCCACACUCGCUGCCGCAGCUAAUCAAUGGCGGCACCACCGCUGACUACAAAUACUGCUCGCUGGUGGAGCCGGCCUACGGCGAGGAUAUCUAUGACUACACCGCACCGCCGCCCUCCAGCUGCAUUGAGGAUCUCGUGUGGAAGUAUGAGAGCAAGGCACAGGCAGGCGCUCGACCGCAGGCUGUCACGGACAUCGCCCGUCCGCAGUCGCCCGAGGUAGUGCAGCGUCGGUUCUCACCCACGCGGGAGGUGCGUGUGCCGCAGCCGCAGCAGCAGCAGCCACAGCAGCAGCGGGAGGUGCGUUCGCCCUCUCGUCGUCGCAUCGACAGUCUGCGCUCGAGCCAGCGCCAGGACAAGGAGCACCAGCAGGCGGUGGCACGUGCCAGCAGCCUGAGUAGCGCCGACGAUCGCAGCAGGCGGCAGCAGGGCGGUGCAGACAGCACUACCGCUGGCGGCCUCUAUCAGUGCGGCGAGCUGGCGCACAGUGCCACCUCGCUGGUGCAGCUGGAGCGGCACAGUCCGAGCUGCCGCUACCGCAACAACUGCGAACGCUUCACCGAGCUGAAUCGCUUCUACAGCACCUUGGAGCGGGUGGGGCAGCUGGAGCGGGCCACCUCGGCGAGCAACUUUCAUCCGUUGCGCAAGGAUGCGGAGCUGCUCGACUUCGAUGAGUGGCGCAAGGUGCGUCUGCACGAGCGGGCCGAAAAGGAGCUGCAAUACCUGGUCGGAAAACUGCAGUCGGAUCAGCGGGAACGCGAUCUGCACUUUCGCUCGAAGGACGUGAAUGAGAUCAAGUGGCGGCAGGAGGCGGACCAGGCGCUGCAUGCCAAACAGAAGUCCGUCGAGGAUUUGCGCGAGAAUUUCGAGCAGCUGCAGCUGCUGAAGCGGCAGCGCGCCGAGGCGCAGCUCCUGCCGCCCGUGCAGCGUCAAUGGCGACGCAAUACCGUCGCAGAUCUGGCGAGCAGCCUGGAGACACAGUCCCAGGCGCAGGCCCAAGCCCAGGCGGAGCGACAUCUGAACAACGAUCUGGUUAGCACACUCUCCAAGGAUCAGAUCAAGAAGAUAACCCAGCAGCUAAACGAGAUCUAUGCGGGCAAUAGAAGGGCCACGGUGGAGGAGCAGUAUGUGGUGACCGUGGAGAAGGACUCCAAGCCGAGCAGCCAUGCGAACACGCUGAAAGUGCGCUGCAACUCGAGCAUCAGCAAGGAGCAGCUGCUUGGGCCGGUGCUGCGCAAGCGCGAGGAGCAGCAGCAGGCGCAGACGCUGCCACGUGCCACGCGCAGCCAGUCGCCGGUGGUGGUGGCUCGCGAGACACGCGGCGCUAUAGCCGCCAAGAAUGCGGAGCUAAGCCUGAGCAAGCCGCCCGAGGUGCCGCCACGACCCAAGCCCAAAGCGGAAACCAAGCCAGGCAUGGCUAAGGCUGAACAGGAGUCGCAGCAGUCGCAGCAGUCCCUGGAGCCGCAGGAGUCCAAAGAGAAUCCCAUCAAUCAGAAAAUCCAAUAUUUCGAGGAGCGCCAGUUCGAGGAGCCCAGCAAGACCAUCUACCAUGCGCGCGAGGACAGCUCCCCGGACGAGGCCGAGGUGAUGCGCCUCAUCGAGCAGAACAUGCAGGCCAGGCAGCAGGCCCGCCACCAGCACAGCCACAGCCACAGCCACAGCCACAGCCACGCCCACACCCAGCUGGUGCACACGGAGCUGAGCAACUCGCUGACCGAUCUGAGCGGCAUCUACGGCGAACGCGCCGCGGCUCGCGUAAAUUUUCACUUGCACAGCCCGCCCGAGCGGCCGCCCGAGGAGGAAGCCGCGCCCGAUCCGGCGGGCGAGCUGCACCGCUACGGGGCUGGUUCGCCCGCUGGCAGCGUUGAGCUGUACGAUGCGUACUAUCGGUCGCGCAGCCUGUCGCCGCAGUCGCAGGUCUCGGCCUGCUCCAGCUCCUACUUGCAGCGCGUCUACACGGGCGAGGUGCAGAAGAUCAAGCAGAAGUUCGAGAGCAUCGAGCGGGAGCAGUCCAACGAGCGGCGUCAUUUUUUUGGGCUUAGCCAGCUGCGGAAGGCGCGCAGCGAUCCUCAAUUGAAGGCCGGAGGAUCAAAAGACGCCUCGGGCAACGCUGCGGAUGCGUUGCCAGCCGCCGAUGACGGCGUCAGCCAGCUGACGCACAGGUUUGAGUUGCGCGCGGCCACGCCCACCGGCUCGCCGGAACGUGGCAGGCGGCGACAGCGCGGACUCCUCAUGCCGCACAUCGACAUCAUCAGCAAGACGGCGGAGCUGCUGCCGGCCAAGGCGGCCAGUCCGACGCGCAGCCACAGCAGCAACAGCUGCUCCACGGGCCACGUGCAGACGCUGCGCCAUCGCUACGAGUCCCCCGAGCCGGGCCAGAGUCUGCCCCAGCGUUAUCUCUCCACCUCGCUGGCAGAUCUGCGGGAUGUGCACGAUAUCUCGCCCCACUUGAGCGGCGACUGGGUGGCCCACAAGCAUCCGCAGCGCACGCCGGCGCUGCCCAAGAAACCCCAACGCCAGCCGGGCCCCCGAGCCAGCUCCACCUCGCCCAUGCGUCCGGCCAGGGCGAGUCAGCAGCCACAGACAACAGCCAGUUCCGACAUCUUUGCCAACCAGCAAUUCGAUGCCCACAAGCAUCGGCCCAAGGCGCGCUAUGUGCCCGACGGGGAGCCAGCGGCUAGCGCCCGGCGUUGCCCGGUCGGCAGUCUGGAACGUCUCAAACGCAGCGCCAUGGCGGUCACAUUUACAGACGUCAAUAUACACUUCAAGACCCCACUCAGGCAUGAGUACAAGCCAAACAUAUCGGAUGAGGAAUUAGCCAUACGUCAAGCGGAGCAUAUGCAAAAGUUAUACCAGGAGGAGCGUCGACGCAAAUAUCUACAGGAGCUGCAGGACAUGAAUUCGCGACGACACACCGACAAUUUCACACCCUCACAAAAGUCGCCGAUUGCCCUCAAUCGUUACGAUGACUUCCCCACAGACGUGACGCUUAAGUCGCUCGUGGGACCCAAAACAGUGGCACGCGCUCUCUACAAUUUCCAGGGACAGACCUCCAAGGAGCUCUCGUUCCGCAAGGGCGACACCAUCUACAUACGACGACAAGUCGAUCCCAAUUGGUACGAGGGCGAGUAUAACGCCAUGAUUGGAUUGCUGCCUGCUAGCUAUGUGGAGAUUAUCAGUCGUGAUGGCGCUCGCACACCCUCGAAGCGUCCCUCCGAGGGUCAGGCUCGUGCCAAAUACAACUUCCAAGCGCAGUCCGGCGUUGAGCUCUCGCUGAACAAAGGCGAGCUGGUCACACUAACACGUCGUGUCGAUGGCAAUUGGUUUGAGGGCAAAAUAGCCAACCGCAAGGGCAUUUUCCCUGUCUCCUAUGUGGAGGUCUUAACCGAUAUUGGUGCGGAAGAUAUUGCGGCCAGAACGACAACAGUUAUCAACACUCAGAGCACCACAAAUUUGCGUCCAAAUCUGGACGUGUUGCGCACAAAUAUCAAUAACGAGUUCAAUACGCUAACCCAGAACGGAGCACAUCCGCCCAAUGGCAUACUGAAGGAGACCCGCACGCUGCACAAGACAGAUGCACUCCAUGUGGACACCAGCUCCGAGCCACUCACCUAUCGCGCUCUGUACAAAUAUCGGCCACAGAACUCCGACGAACUGGAGAUCUUCGAGGGCGAUCUGGUGCAUGUUCUAGAGAAAUGCGACGAUGGCUGGUAUGUGGGCACCUCGCAGAGAACGGGUUGCUUUGGCACAUUCCCCGGCAACUAUGUGGAACGUGUAUGAGCCCAAAAAAAGAAAAGAAAAUAA